UUCUGAAAAAGUAAUUUCGUUUAAUAUUUGGUUAUUUGUAGUAAAUAAAUAAUGCUUAAACGUGUAAUUUGAAAAAACUAAACUAGUUUAGCAUUUAUUUUCGACAUAAAGGUUUCGUAUUUUUGUAUGUUAUAAUGAAUAUUUCUAUAGAAAAGAAAAGAUCAGAUUGUGCAGCACUGCCAAAAGGAUGGCAAAGAGAAGAAGUUAUAAGAAAAACAGGGCUUUCGGCAGGAAAAGUCGAUGUAUACUAUUAUAGCCCUACAGGUAAAAAGUUUCGCAGUAAACCCGAGCUAGUUCGUUAUCUGGGUGAUAGUGUGGACUUAUCGUGUUUCGACUUUCAACAAGGUCAAAUAAACACAAUGCUCCUGUGCAAGGUCAAGAAAGCUCGAGCGCAGUUUGACUACAGGGGUGUUCGAUCAGAUGCUUCACUUGUGCCUCCUAUACGUCAAACCGCUUCUAUAUUUAAACAGCCGGUGACUGUGUACAAGACUCAGGAGAGUAAAGUCAAAACGGACUUAAAACAUGGUACCCAGGAAAAACCUAAACAACUAUUUUGGGAAAAGCGCUUAGAAGGAUUGACGGCAUGUGAUGCAAAUGGAGUCAUCGGCACAACAUCCUUGCCUAAGUAUAUAAAGCCCCUGGGGCCAUAUACAUCUGAUGCUACAACUAUACAGUCACUAGCUACAGCUUUACAUGUUUCAUCGCAACCAAUUACAGGUCAGUCUGGUUCAAAACAAACAAUAAUGGAGAAUCCAGGUGUUUUUUUAAACCCUGAUCAACCUUUGAUAGCGGCAGUUACAAUAACAAAAGAUGACCUCCGGCGUCAAGAAGAGCGAGUAAAGCGUGCUCGCCUGAGGCUGCAAGAGGCUCUUGUGGCUGCAUAGGGGCACGCCGGCGACGGGGAAACCCUGACCUCCGCCGCCGACUCGCAGGAAACAGACCCCGUCGAACAGAUGCUGCCAGAUUCCACCGCAGACUCGCCUAAACCUUCCAAUUCGGAUUGUAUCGUCGAUAGUACUAGCUAAGAUUAUUUAGGUUAUAAGGUAAUUGAUGCUAGAAGUUUCAUUAAAGUUUUAGCAAUAAAAAAAUUACUAUUGUAUUUAGCUGUAAUUUAUAUUGUACUAGUAUUUACCCGUUUUUGUGAGUAUUAAACUUUCGAUAAAAAACUCAGUACACCUCAGAUCACUAUGACGCUCUGCUCAUUUUAAAUUCAGGCAAGUAAUAUGAAGAUGAUUCGCUCAGAAGGCAGCCACAUGCAACCAAGAAAUGUCACCAGACAAAUUGUUCUUAUUUUGUAACUUGAUUAGAAAUUACAUUUUCAGAAUAGAAACAUAGAUUUCGAUUUAAAGCAUAUAGUCGUAAGAGACAGCAGUAGUCUUUGUAAUUGACAUUCUUACCUUUACAUAAACUUUAAAUUUAAUAAAUUGAUUAUAAGACUGGUGUAAUGAACAUUCGAAUAUUAAGUAUUGGUUUUUAUUAAAUAUUUCAACUAAUUUGUAAUAUAAGUGUGAGUAAACAAAAAAAAUAAUAACCUUAGGAUACAAACUCGAAUUUGUAUUAAUAUAUUGUGUGUACCUACAUAUUUGUAAGUGAGUAAUAAUAAUAAUAAAAUGUGUUUGAUAAAAAUAA